AGCGCCGACCGGAAAAUGUCGGGUUUUGCUGUCGUUCACUUCCUUUACUUCAGCUUGAUGUCGUCUGUUUAAAUUGUCUUCGUAAAGUACAGGACGACUAGAAAACAUCUCUGUGUGUAUUUAUUGUCCAGGAAAAUAGAAAAUGUGGCUGAGGGAGUUGACAGUUAUGGCGGCGGAGAGGCGUCAGUAGGUAAAAGAAACUGCAUCUCAACAGGACCCUGAUCAGAUUACAGACGCCAUGAGGUGACGACUGUUGUGUCUUGUAUUUUUUUCUGACGUGGACUUAUGGCAAGGAUCUCUUUGUCCUAUCUGCCAGCCUCAUGGUACUGCAGCGUGUCCCUGCUAUCUCUGGGGUGUGCUCCCAAACAGAGGCUCCUACUGCUGCUGCUGCUCCUCCUUAUCUCCACCCUUGUCAUCCUGGGGACCCACCAGCGCCUACUGUGGGGCCCCCAGCGAUGGCCUGGGGCCCAAUUCAACAAGUACCUCUCCAUUGCAGAGACAAUGGAGGCCACUGACGUCCUCAACCCAGCUCUGAAUUAUGGGAUUGUGGUGGACUGCGGCAGCAGCGGCUCUAGAGUCUUUGUGUACUACUGGCCCCCACACAAUGGGAACCCCCACACCCUGCUGGACAUCCGACAGAUGAGGGACCAUGACCACAAGCCUGUCGUCAAGAAGAUCAAACCUGGUAUCUCCACUUUGGCAAAGACACCGACAAAGGCCAGCGACUACCUCCAACCCCUCCUCAGCUUUGCUGCUGCUCAUGUCCCAAAGAACAAACACAAGGAAACGCCGCUUUACAUCCUGUGCACUGCUGGCAUGAGGCUGCUGCCAGAGAGCCAACAGUUGGCCAUUUUGGAAGACCUGGUCAGUGAUGUUCCUUUGGAGUUUGAUUUUCUCUUUUCCGUUUCACAUGCUGAGGUCAUUUCUGGGAAACAGGAGGGUGUGUAUGCGUGGAUUGGCAUUAACUUUGUGUUGGGCCGUUUUGAUCACGCUGAUGAGGAGGAAGCCACUGUCGAGGUGACCACUGGGUCCCAGAACCAGCAGUCAAUCAACAGGAGGCGCACAGUGGGAAUCAUGGACAUGGGUGGCGCUUCUCUGCAGAUUGCAUAUGAGGUGCCGAGUGCCAUCACAUUCCACUCACCACAAGAGGAGGAAGCGGGGAAGAGUGUCCUUGCAGAGUUCAAUCUGGGCUGCGACGUUGAGCACACGCAACACGUGUACCGCGUCUACGUCACAACGUUCCUCGGCUUUGGAGGAAACAUGGCGAGGCAGCGGUACGAGGACCAGCUGGUCAAUGUGACACUCACCAAGAACAGGAUUCAAACCCUGCAGUCGGGACUGAGCGAGGACAAACCGUAUCUGGAUCCUUGUCUGCCGGUCGGCCUUUCAGACACUGUUGUCAGGGACAACCAGACUGUUUACCUGAGGGGUCAGGGCGACUGGGAGCAAUGUCAGCAGGCUGUACAGCCUUUCCUGGGACUCCACAAUGGAACCAUGUCCCCAGGAGGUGUAUAUCAGGCUCCCAUCAACUUCAGCAACAGUGAGUUCUACGGCUUUUCUGAGUUUUAUUACUGUAUGGAGGACGUGCUGAGGAUGGGAGGACAGUACAACAGUGCUAAAUAUUCCCGUGCUGCUAAGGACUACUGCUCCACAAAGUGGUCAACGCUGAAGCAGCGUCUGGACAACCAACUUUUCGCUCAGCAGGCUGACGUCAGCAGACUCAAACAUCAGUGCUUCAAAUCUGCCUGGAUGUACGAGGUGUUGCACCGCGGUUUCCGUUUCCCCUCUGACUACCCAAGUCUGAAGACAGCCCAGCUGGUUUAUGACAAGGAGGUGCAGUGGACUCUGGGAGCCAUCCUGUAUAAAACCCGCUUCAUGCCUCUCAGGGAUCUGCAGCAGGAAACACUGCGGCAGAGCCACCCCAACUGGCUGCGCUCGUCCUUUGUCUACAACCACCACCUGUUCUCACUCUGCAUCCUGGUAGUGGUGCUCGCCAUCCUGCUCUACAUCCUGCGCCUGCAGAGGAUCCACAAGCGGGAGCAGCGGCAGGCUGAGGCCCUCAACCUCUUGUGGGCUGAGGAGGGAGAGGCCCUCCUCCCCUGAGAUAGACACCUGUGAAUGGUUCUUUUUACCCACCAACAACAUCAAAGAUCACUCUUUUAUGUUGCAGGGCGAUUCUGCAAUGGUUUAAUGAGCCUGGAAAUCAAACUCCUCUUUUUAUUCUUUAAUCAUGCAGCUUGAAGUUCAGAGCUCAUCUCAGGGUUUCUCUGGGUUUCACUUUCUUCUCUUCAUGACAAUUUGGGCUGAAAAGAAUCACCUCUUCAUUGCACGAUCAAACACAAACCAUUUCUGCUUCAGAUGACAGAGAAACUGAGUUCAGCGUCUUUACUGCUUACGGUAAUAAUCAGUGACGAGGAGAUUGUUUCAGAAAGGUGCAUUUUAUGGUGGUGGCUGCUCAAUAACAUGACCAAUCACAUUCACACUGACAACCCUGGACUUUUUCACAUCAAUGUCGACACGAAUGAACAAUGUUAAUCUGUGAUUCCAGAUCAUCCUCAAGCAAAAGUCAUUAAGUAGAUGAAUUGUAAGAAAAAAAAUCUUGUCAUCAACAGCAUGCUUAGUAUUAGUCAAACGCCACCCCCCCAAAAAAAGUGACACAUCUGCCAUGCAGACAUUGUAGGCCUCAUCUGCUGCCUGCUAGCAUGCUAAAUGUUAGCCUCUGUCAGAGCUGAAACAAUUACUCGAUUAAUCGAUUACUAAAUUAAUCGUCAACUAUUUUGAUGAUUGAUUAAUUGGUUUUGAAGCUUUUUUCAUUAUUAAAAGAAGAUUUCUGAUUGUUUUAGCUUCUUAAAUGUGAAUGUUUUCUUAAUUUCUUUGCUCAUAUAAGAGCAUCAUCAUUUCCAGGUUUGACAAACAACAAACCAUUACUCGAUUAAUCGAGAAAAUAAUCAACAGAUUUAUUGGUGACGUUACAGUAACACUGGUAUUCGUGUUGUUGCCUAGCAGCAGUGUUCUUAUGAUUGACACCCAUAACUGUGAGCUCAUGAGUUUCCUCUGAGGGCAGAUAUGUACAUGUUUACAUGGAGCGACACAUGCCAAGGACACAUGAUCUUAUGGAAUAAGAACUUCGCUGUCACAUGUUUGGUAUUCAGAUAGUAAAAGUUAAUAACACCAUUGUUCAGCUAAAAAGACAUAUUAAAAUAUCCUGAACUACAAUGUAUUAAUUUUACCAUCUGGCAAAUAAUGAGCUUCAUGAGGGAGGAUUCUUCUCAUAAACACAUUUGAAGGCAUGAGUGCUAGCUUUACACAAUGUCAAAUGUUAGUAUGAUGUCAUUGAACCAGGAGCUAACAGGACACUUAGCAUGUUGCCACAUUAAUGAUUGAUUAGUGUAAACGUCACAUUUAGCUGCAGUCGUGAUGUUGGAAAAACUAUCCAUUCAUUUUCUCUCGCUUUAUCCUCGACAUGGGGGUCAUGAGGGUCAUGUGGGUCAUGGGGGUGCUGGGCAAAAAAAACACAGACUCUGCUUUUAUUUUCCUGGUCUCUCUUCAUUGUCAGUGUUUUUGUGUGACGUUUGCUGCACGUCUCAUCACUGCUGCUCUGUCAGGAAAAACAUAGAUGAAGCUGGUGCUGAUUUUUCUUUGAACCACCACCAGCUUCCACAGCCACACACUGAUCUUCAGCGUGAGUGAGUGAGUGAGUGAGUGAGUGAGUGGCCGCCAUCGGCAGAUAGUGUUUCUUCUGAGCAUUUGUGCAUCCCCAAUGGGAUGAUGUCAGCUGUGGAGCUCUAGCCUCAGGUUGGGCUUUGAUACUUGAAUAAUACUACUGUUAUCCUGCCAGGACGUCCACAUUCUGUCGGCAUUAACACCGAGCUGUGAUAAGCCGAAGUCUGCUCAGUCUAGGGACCAGAAAACAGACCAAGACCCUGGAUGCACAAGGCUAAACUUGAGAUGUUGAAUCGUGUGUUGAUCCCACAGUAGGAGCUUUUUAUUAGUAUUAUUGUUAUUGUUAAUAACAAUAAUAAUAUUAAUGAAAAAACUGUCUGUAAUUUCCCAGUAAUGUUGUCAGCGCGAUGAUGACUGUUGUUUUUAACCUGUCACUCUUACCUCUUAGUGAUGUCAUAUUUUCACUAACUUCCUGUUUGCUGCUGUCCUUACAUUCCUGUCCCGCCCCCUUGCUAAUGAGGUGAUCCUCAUUAGCGUGUUUGGUACGAGGAGCAUGUAUUUGUAUUACAGUGAAACCCAUUCAUUUUAAAUGUGUGUGUGGCAGAGGCUGUACAAGUUCUAUCAAGCAGAACAACCUGUUCUACCUGUAAAUUUUAUUUUAUUGUAUGCUGAGCCAUUAUUGCUUAAUGUUAAAUCAGCUGCUUCUCUCUAAACUAUGGGUCAGUGGAUUUUCUGGAUUGUGUCACUUUAUAAACUCCUAUAGCUAGUGCACCAAACUCCACAAAGACAAUGAGUGAUUUUACAUGACCGCACACAGGAGUUGUUGACCUACUGUUGCCUCCAUCACUAAGUUCAAAUGUCUUAUUUUAUGUCUUCAGUGUUUGAAAUUCCAUUCAUCCAUCCAUCCACAGUCUCAGCUGACCCUGGACAGACUGCCAGUCCUUCGCAGGGACAAACAACCAUUUAGCUAUGGUCAAUUUAGAGUAUCCAAUUGACCUAAUCCCCAUAUUGCAUCGUUGGACUGUGUUUGGACAAGUAACAUAUUUAUAGAUUUGACAAGGCUUUAUAUUACCAGGCCUGUUCACACACUCAGCCAUGAUUUCAGUAUAAACAGUGAAUUCACAACAAUAAUGACAAACAGAAACUUUCUUCAGAGCAGCUUUCUUUCCUUCUUUUCCUCAGUCAGUGACCUUUGACCUCCCCCUGAUGUUGAUUUCUGCUGCUCCUCGCGAUGAGCUCAGCAAACAGUGAUGGAGUUUGGCGACGUGCAGUGUUGAACAUUAAAUCCUUUUAACGUC